AUGAUUGGACCAGAACCAACAUAUUACAUUGCUUGUCUUCUUUGCUGCCCUUUGCAGGUAGAAACUCAGAGUCCUCGCCAUGGAGGAGAGUUGGUUGCUGAAGUCUUACAAUCCCAUGGAGUGCGAUACGUUUUCACGCUAGUUGGUGGCCAUAUCUCACCCAUCCUGGUGGCCUGUGAAAAGCUGGGAAUAAAAGUGGUGGACACACGGCAUGAAGCCACCGCUGUCUUUGCUGCCGAUGCAGUGGCUAGACUCUCAGGUACUGUCGGUGUGGCUGCAGUGACAGCUGGUCCAGGGUUAACCAAUACCGUAACCGCCAUUAAAAAUGCUCAGAUGGCCGAAUCCCCGUUAUUGCUAAUUGGUGGAGCAGCUGCCACACUAUUGCAAGGAAGAGGAGCUCUGCAGGAUAUAGAUCAGAUGUCACUGUUCAAACCUAUAUGUAAAUUCUGUGUUUCUGUCCGCACCAUACGAGACACAGUGCCUAUACUGCGCAGAGCGCUGGCCGAGGCUCAGUCUGGAACACCAGGCCCUGUGUUUGUGGAAUUUCCAAUUGACAUUUUGUAUCCGUACCAUUUGAUCCAGAAAGAAUUAGCACCUAAAGGUGCCCCUAAAGGAUUUGUUGGGAAAAUCAUCAACUGGUACUUGCAGAAUCACCUGAAUAAUUUAUUUGCGGGAGCCUGGGAACCGCGGGACACCUCACCUCUUCCUGUCUCCAUCCCCCAUGCCCCCGGAUCAGAGAUCCAGCAAUGUGUGGAGUUGGUGAGUCGAGCUAAGAAGCCUGUGUUCAUCCUGGGCAGUCAGGUGACCCUUCCUCCCACACCCGUGGACAAGCUCAGACAGGCUCUGGAAUCUCUGGGUAUUCCAUGUUUCCUGGGAGGAAUGGCCAGAGGCAUGCUGGGAAGGAAUAGCCCUAUCCAUAUUCGACAGAAUCGCAGGGAAGCACUUAAGGAAGCGGAUGUUGUUAUACUGGCAGGCACUGUGUGUGAUUUUCGACUUUCUUAUGGCCGGGUCCUGAACAGACGCAGUAAAACUAUCGCAGUGAACAGGGACAGGUCUCAGCUUUUGAAGAACUCGGAUAUGUUUUGGAAGCCAGCUGUUGCUAUUCAGGGAGAUGCAGGUUCUUUCAUUGUCCAACUCUCCGAAGGACUGAAAGGAUACACAUGUCCCAAGGACUGGCCAGAGGGCCUGAAGUCAGGCGAUGAAAACAAGGAGAAAGCCAAUCAGGAAAAAUCUGAAGAGAAGACAGAGAGACACCUGAAUCCAUUGAAAGUUCUACAUACGUUAGAGGAAGCGAUGGCAGAGGACAGCAUCAUUGUCGCAGAUGGAGGAGAUUUUGUAGGGAGCGCGGCCUACAUCCUUCGACCGAGAGGACCUUUGCGCUGGCUGGAUCCAGGUGCUUUCGGUACUCUUGGUGUUGGAGGAGGAUUUGCUUUGGGAGCAAAACUUUGUCGUCCAGAUUCUGAGGUGUGGAUUAUAUUUGGGGAUGGCUCUUUGGGUUACAGCAUUGUAGAGUUUGAUACAUACACGCGCCAUAAGACCCCUGUCCUUGCCCUUGUUGGAAAUGAUGCUUGUUGGAGUCAAAUUUCUAGAGAACAAGUUCCUCUACUGGGAAGCAAUGUUGCCUGCGGUCUGGCAUACAAUGAUUACCAUGUGGUGGCAGAAGGGUUUGGUGGAAAGGGUCUCCUGGUCACUCGGCAGGAUGAAGACCGAAUAGCAGACAUCAUCAAGGAAGCACAAGAGGCCACUAAGAAAGGGAAAUCUACACUCAUCAAUGUACUGAUAGGCAAGACCAAUUUCCGGGAUGGAUCUAUCUCUGUGUAG